ACAGGAUCGGAACAAUGUAUGACUCGCAAAGAGAGGAGCUGCCAGCUAGUACUGAUGGGGAGAAGGUCUGUGGCCAGACAGAUAUCUUCAAGUCCCGAAUCUGGGAUAUUGAUCAGAAAUCUCUCUACCUGCAAAACAAUGAGCUGGUAGCUGGACAUCUGCAAGGCCCCAAUUCUGUGCUAGAAGAGAUGAUUUACUGGAUUCACAGGGAUGCCUUUGACCGUGAGAAAUUAUCUGUCAUCCUGAGUAUUCAGGGCGGGAGGCGUUGCCUGGGUUGCUCCUCCGGGGCUCAGCCUGUGCUGCAGCUUGAGAGCAUCAACAUCACAGAUCUGUACAAAGAUGGCAAAGAGAAGCUGGACCGUUUCACAUUCUUCCUGUCUAAUGAGGCCGGGAAAUGGCAGUUUGAGUCAGCCGCCAAUCCAGGCUGGUUCCUCUGUACCUCUUACAGACCCAAUGAGCCCAUUGGCCUCACACAGACCCCAGGAGCAUCUCACCUGGUGGACUUCUAUUUCCAGCCCUGCUGAACUUUGAGAUACGCCGAACGGGGAAGCCCCUCAAGUGCUUGGCACAACCUCACUGAGGGCUCUGCAAAUUGCAGCCAGAUGCCCAGGAUUUCUACCCCUCCUUCAGUCAUUCUACAGCCCUGCCCCCAAGUCAGAUUUCUCCACUGGAUCAGCUGUAAGAGUAACUGAGCAUGGAGGUUACUGUCUUCUCAGAGCAUCUGGGACUGAAGGGUCGCCUUGUCCUUCGGGUGCUUCCAGACGGAGGGCAUUCCCACUGUAAGCUAAAGACAGAAUUCCCAUGGACCGUCCACACUUCAGGGGAUUGAGUUUUAUUUCUUUGGUGUGUGCAUUUCACUAUGGGAGCGUCUAGAGAAGGCUUUUAUUGUGCAAUCAUGUUGCUUCAUUUAAUUAAAAAAAGAGAAAGGAAUGCCUGCGCCACAGGGCAAGAGGGUUGUACCCUUACUUCUGACUAAACAUUGUUACAAGAGGGCUGAUGGAUAUCUCUAUAUCUCCAUACAUCCAUCAAGUGACUGUCAGAGGACAUCAGCCAGAUCCUCCAGAUGAGCAUUCAGGCGUAAGCAUUCCUGUGUUGAAUGGGAUGUCUCCCUGCUUUGGAAGCUCAGCAAAGCCUUGGGAGAGGGGAAAGGGCUGGUCUUGUGGGCCACAAAAUGGCCCUGCAACAAGCCCUGCACAGCAAGUGGUAAGGAAGAAGGGGCCUCCCACCAGGUUAUCCAUUUUCCCCAGGAAGACCUCCUCUUGCCCACACCUGCUUAAAAAAGGGUGUUUCCAUUCUGCUCUUGUACUCCUUACCCAAUUUUUCUGAUUAGAAAAAAAAUGGGAAAACAUGUGCUGAUCACGGAUCAUGAUGUCAUCUGAACACUCUGAAAAAUUCUGUGAAUAUGCAUGGCAGUUGCAUAAUCAAAGCCUCAUCUUGGAAAGGUCAGGAGCAGGUGAGGUGUUGGUAGACACCCCCAGUCACUUGUCCCCGGGGCUGGCCAUCUGGACUUUUGAAAGUGCAGCUUCCUUUCUGAAAGCCUCACCCCACGUACACUUUUGUUCUGGUUUACCCUCGAAUUUUCUCAUUUUGCUUAUAUAGUGCUUAUAUAGCAUAUGAAAACUUGUAAACUUACACCUCUGCUGUAGUGUGUUUGGGGAGAUCCGUUGAGGUUCACUCAUAUGUGUUCUUAUCCCAUCCACCCCCAGAUCUUCUUUGUACCUCCUCCUACCAUUUACUGGUUGUUUGAAGUGGGGACAACUCCCCCUCAGACAACAGGGAUUGGGAUUUGCUUCUCUUGUUACUGAACACCAAAGUAGAAUGUUACAUAAGACUGCAGUCAACUCUUUUGCAUGCUUACUCAGUAAAUAAAUCCCAUUGAGUUCAAUGGAAUGCAGUAGA